UCUGCUGACAACGGAGCCCAGGACUUCAACGGACUUCAAAGUUGUGUCCACUCAAAAUCUUAUCCUGUGAUGAAGUUAUCAUGUGAUUUGAGCCUCCAGCAGCCAGAUGCCAAGAAUGUGGACCGGAAGUUCCGUCAGACCGAAUAUGAGCCGAGUCAGAAAGAUGUUGAGGCCAAAAUUCCCCAUGUUGAACGAGAGGCAGCAGUAGGUCGCGGCGGAAGAAUCUGCUGUGGAACGAAAGACGGCACGCCAGUUUUCAACUACAAACAUGAGUCAUGCACCUGGUGGACACGGGCAUCUUCAUUGGAACUGCUGCUGAACUCAAUGACUGUCAGGCUUUGGCUGCUGCAGGUGUCACUCACAUCCUGUCAGUGGACUCCACAGACCCUGGACCUCUCCUUGCCGGCUCUCCCUUCCACCGAAAAUGGAUCAGUGUUUUGGACGAGGCAACGUCCGACCUCCUAUCCCACUUUGAUGACUGCAUCACAUUCAUUCAAGAGGCCGUGGACGCCGGCGGGGCUGCACUGGUCCACUGUCAGGCGGGGCGGAGUCGCAGCGCCACCGUCGUGACGGCCUAUCUCAUGAAGACACUGCAGCUGGACUUCUCACAUGCAUAUCAGAGACUCAAGAACAUCAAACAAGAUGUGCAGCCCAACCCUGGAUUUGAGGAGCAGCUCUGUCUGUAUGAAGCCAUGAAAUGCCAAGUGGAUGUGUCCAGUCCUCUGUAUAAACAGUACAGAUUGACAAAGAUCACAGAGAAAUAUCCAGAGUUGCAGCAGGUGCCGAGGGAGGUGUUUGCUGCUGACCCGCUUCAUUCCAAUUCUUCUGAAGUGUCCUAUCGAUGUAGGAAGUGCAGACGGACUCUGUUCCGUAGCUCCAGUCUUCUAGCUCACCAGGUUGGAAAGGGAGCAUCUGCAUUCAGCCACAAAAAGUCCAGCAACCUUGCAGGUGAUGUCAGCUGUACGUCGUACUUCAUCGAGCCCGUGCAGUGGAUGGAACAAGCUUUACUGGGAGUGAUGGAUGGUCAGCUUCUGUGUCCCAAGUGCAGCUCUAAGUUGGGCUCCUUCAGCUGGUGCGGGGAUCAGUGUUCGUGUGGAAGGUGGGUCACCCCAGCAUUUCAGCUGCACAGAAAUCGAGUGGACGAGAUCCGAAGCCUCAACCUUCAGCAGUAGAACUGUGUCUUUGGCUCAGGCAGACCACUUCACUCGUGACUGUUGUGGAGGGGUCGUCAUGUUGUGGCAACAUAAAGUGAUUUCCCCCAAAUCUCUCAGGUGUUUAUGCUGGUCAGUUUUGAUGUUUUUGUCACCUGUUUCUUGAGGAUUUUUAUUCCACUUGAUGAUCAAGUUCUGCGGGACAGUGCUGAGCUAGCAACUGUGGGAGUAAAGGAAGAACUACUUUUUUUAUUGGACAGUCUUUGUGGAGAAGACAGGUGAUGGACUAUGGUUCGUAGAAGGGUUUGUUGUCCUCAGGUUGCAUGCACCAAGGCUCCCAGCCAAGCAAAGCAAAUGGCUCUUCUGUUGUGACCUUGGAAACAUUUCAUCGAGCAUCGAGCAGAAUUUUCUCCACUCCAUUUUGCGGGGCGGGUGUUCAAGCCAGAGAAAAGGCCACCCAUUACAAAUAAUGUUAUUCUUGUUGCUGGGUCUGCGUGUCUCUGUGUGACUACUGCAUAUAUUGCAUGAGCUGGUUUGGAGAAUCAAACUACAUAACAAGGCCAUAUAGUGUGUUUUUAAAAAAACAAACAGUCCAAAAAGGUCUAAAUACAAUGUAUCAAUAUGGGGAUCACUCAAACAGUGUUCACCUGCUGUGGGGAGGAGCUGCUUGUUCUUGGACCCCAAAUGCUGAAUGAAUUACUUUUUUUUCUUUAAUAAAAAUCAUGAAACUCUUUGUCACGGUUUCGCACAGUGUACCUGAAAUGCAGAUACCUUUAUUUAAAUUCAAUAUAACUGGAUUUGCUCCAGCAGACGGCGCCAUUAUGGAACACCGACACACAGCCAGAGCAGCAUCGGUUCAGCGAGUGUCACACGCGCUGAGCUAUCUUUUACCAUGACCAGUGAGAGUGUGUGGGAAUUCUGUAUUACAGUUGAGUUUGUUUU